AUGAAGUUCACUACUUUGACCGGUGCAUUGGCACUCUUCGCCACCGCAGUUUCCGCCCUGGACAAGCCUCUCAACAUUCAAGUCGACAAGGCCGUUGAAUGUAGCCGCAAGACCAAGGCUGGUGACAAGAUUGAGGUUCACUACCGUGGUACUCUUGAGGAUGGUGGCAAGGAGUUUGAUGCCAGUUACAACAGAGGCCAGCCUUUGAGCUUCCACGUCGGCAAGGGUCAGGUUAUCAAGGGUUGGGACCAGGGCUUGCUUGACAUGUGCCCUGGAGAGAAGCGCACAUUGACCAUCCAGCCCGAGUGGGCCUACGGCAGCAGAGGCAUGGGUCCUAUCCCUGCCAACAGCGUUCUUGUCUUCGAGACCGAGCUGGUCAGCAUCGCUGGCGUCAAGAAGGACGAGCUCUAA